UCUCUGAUUGGUGGUCGAGGUCACGUGCGCGAGGGCCGAGAGGAGGUGUUUGUGCGCGCGAUCAGCGAAGGCUGUGGAGCGUGCGCAGUGAGAGGCCUAGGCUGGGGGCUCAGACUGACUGCAAUGUCUCAUUGCAUUGGACUCCUGUCCAUUGCCUCUAAACUGAACUUGCUGGUUUUGCUUCUUUCUUCAGUGUGCUUCUGUUCAUGCUUAAGUGACAGAAUUCCAGAGUUUGCCCUAACAAAAACAGAAGAAAGUGACUUAAAAGAAGAGAAUGGCAAAGAAUCAGUAGCAGAGGAUGAUCUUGAUCCUGAAGACUUAGAAGUGUUUUACCCAACACAUCAGUGGCAAAUAGUCCGUCCAGAUCAGUGCCUCCUCUGCUUGAUUCUGCAGUGGCGUUAUAACCUGAUGUUUGCCACUGGGUAUGGAUUGACUGAGAUGACACACAUCCAGCAUUUUGACUUCACUACAAGAUCUCAUAUUAUAGCCACAGAAGGUCAGGCUGUUCCUUCAGGGUUACAUGUGCGAUUAAAUCUUCAGACAGGGGAAAGAGAAGCCAAGCUUCUAGAUAACAAAAAUGAAAAAAGUGACAUGAAAGACCAGAAGAAAAGGAAAAGGCUGGAUGAGAUGCAUAUCAACUCAAACUCAUUUACAUCACAGGAACUCAAAGAGGCUUUGGCUAAAAUGAAGGAAAAAGAAAAGACAGAAAGCACAAUGGAACAAAAGGCUAAUCUGGAAGAUGUGAGACAAAGGUUUCGUCCCAUAGAAGAGCUGAAGAAGGAGUUUGAAAAACUCAACAUGAAGAUAGAAACUGAUUUUGAAGUUAUGGUUAAAUUAAUCAACAAAUUCAACAGCUCUACUUCUACUCUGGAUGAGAAAGUAGCAGCACUGUACGACCUGGAAUAUUAUGUUCAUCAGCAAUCCCAAAGUUCAAGUGGAAGCAAUUGAGGGUGGUGCUCUACAAAAACUGAUGGUUAUUUUAGCUACGGAACAACCAUUGUCGGUGAAGAAAAAGGCUCUCUUUGCUUUGUCUUCGAUGCUGCGACACUUCCCCUAUGCCCAGCUGCAGUUCCUCAAGCUUGGUGGCCUUCAAGUACUUAGAAAUCUCUUCAAAGAAAAAGGCAUGGAGACUCUCUACAUACGCGUUGUGACGCUGCUCUAUGACCUGAUUGUGGAAAAGAUGCUGCUUGAGGAUUCUGAGAACAAGGAAGACCAAUUGGAAGAGAAAGUUCAGCAGUACAAACAAGUGAACCUGGUGCCAGCUGUGGUGGAACAGGGCUGGUGUGUGAUUAUUUCUAACCUCCUGGCAUUGCCGGAGCAUGACACUCGAGAAAAAGUUCUAAAAACAGUGCGCGUUCUGAUGGCCGCCUGCAGGGACGGAUACCAAGGAGACUAUGCUCUCAGCACCACGCUGAGCAUGCUCCGCACUGAAUACGAAGAACUGGCAGCAGAAGAACAAAGGGAAGGGGACAAUGAUGGCUAUUUUAAGGAACUCCUUAGCUCUAUAAAUACCAUUAUUCAGGAGUUAAGACCAGGAUAUCUGUAAUCUGACUGAGCUUAAAAAAAAAUAAUUCAUGAUAACCUGGUGAAUUUUGACAGAUAUGCAUAAACAAACUAUUGAGUAAACUGCUGGUCAAAGCAAAAUCCCUCCACAAGGCAAGUGAGCCAACAGCUCCAUUAUUAAAGAAAGAUACAAACAU